AUGUUUGUCAUCCAAACGGAGGACAUGGAGGCUGACGCAACCGCCGCAGAGGAAUUGAGGAUAGCAGAUCCUAAGGCCCGACUGAGCUCAGGGAUGGCUGUUUCAGCCAAACUGUGUUGGACCACCCCCUUGAUGCUCCUACUGUGCACGCAUGGAGUGACAGGGAUGUCCGGAUGGGGGGGUUGCAUGGAUGGUCAGGACGUGUACUCCAGGGUGGCUGAAAACAGUCUAUGUGGAGAAGUGGUGGCUGACCUUAUGGCGGACAACCCAGUGGAGGGUAUUGAGUGGAGACUGCAAGGGAAAGAUGCCGACUGGUUCUUCUUAAAUGGUGGAGUCUUAUGUCUGAACACAUCACCGGAGAAAGUGCUCGACAGAGAGAUGCAGGGUCCCGUCCUGAUGGCUGAAUUGUCAUGCUAUGAAGAUGACGUGCUUCAGAGCGUUUCUAGGAUUGUGGUGGAGGUUCUUAACGAGAACGACAACUGGCCCGAGUUUGGGGAAAACACUGUCCAAUCUGUUGCCUUAAAUGAGCUGACUCCCAUCAAUACGCUCGUGUUUACCGUCCUGGCAACAGAUGAAGACAACGAUCAGAUCAUUUACUCAAUCGACCAGUCAUCUCCUGACGCGGACUUCUUCAAAAUCGAUCUUCCCAACAGUGGUGAGGUGUUGCUUGCCAAACCUCUUGACUACGAGACCAAAACCCAUCUCUUCCUCACUAUUCAUGCCUCUGAAAUGAACACCGCUGAGCACUUCAACACCAGCACCGAUAUCACGGUUGAUGUCCAAGAUGGAGAUGAUCAGUACCCUCAGUUCCUGCCUUGCACACUGCUGUUUCAUGACCAAACCAAUCAGAUUUGCACCAGUCCCAUGUACACCGUUAAUGUCACAGAAGGAAUAGAGGACUUUGUACUGGAUUUCUCCCCUGGUCCCAUUCAUGCAGUGGAUGGAGACAGAGGACUCGGGGCCACAGUCAGCUAUGCCAUCCUUUCAGGAGACGACCAUGGCCGUUUCCUGAUGGAUCGGCAGACGGGAGAGGUGAGGUUCACCCGGGCGGUAAAAGACAGACUCGCCAUACCGGCGCUGCAUCUUCAAGUCAUGGCGUUUCAGGACGACGACCCCAGGAAGUAUUCUGUUGCCACCGUGCUGGUCCGCGUGCUGGCAGUGAACCGGUUUCAUCCAGUUUUUGACAUGGCCGAAUACCAUGGCUUUGUGACGGCAGGGAAGAGUCCUGCCUCCUUGGUUUAUACCUAUGGUAACAGGGCGCUGAUGUUACAUGUGCAAGACCAAGACUUUAAACAUGGAUUUAAUCCGAUGAUCUACUUCACCUUCAGCCCCGCGUCCAAUUACACAGACAUCUACCGGGUCACACAGGAGGGGCUUCUCAUUGCCAGGACCAAUCAGCUCAAAGCGAGACAAAAGCACCUUCUGCAAGUAAUGGCAAGAGACAGAGAAUCAGGUGACACUGUUGUCUCUACUGUGGUGGUGGAGGUGUUAUCAGAAAGUCAAUCAAUUCCUUUAAGUGCACUGGUAGAUGACCGAACCAUCAGCUGCACUCUGGGCAAGGCUCUGUUCCUCAGCACGGUCUUCCUGACCUUACUGGGCUGCGGCGCGACUCUGGUUCUGUGUAUCAAGAGGAAACGCAGGGGACAUCUGGACCCCCUGGAGAGAGGAUGCGUGGCCCAGUGCAAGCACCCCAAUGUGAGCCUUCGAUGCUUCCAAAUGGUUAACCCAAGCAGCGGCACGCCUCGGGUGGAUGAUGUGAGCUUCAGCAGUGAAGACUACGGAACCAUCAACCCUUCAUUCAGCUUCUCAGGCAAAGAUCCCACAGCUCACCAGGAGUCGGUACAACCCAACAACAACCCGACAGUACCCCCAGACGCAACGCUGAGCUUGGCUGAAGCGGUGUGCACAACCAUCUCCUUCAACAACAGUGUUUCAACACCAACCAGAAGCCUGUCUUGUUUGUCCACCUUCCGGCCAAACUCAGUGGACAUGGACCCUGUCGAGCCCAAAGAAACUAACUUGGGGACACCUCCACCAGAUGCAACUGCACCUUCAACCUGUCUGGACUCGCAGACAAACAGUGACGAGGACUCUGUCGGAACCCCCGCCAGUCCCUCACCCUCUUCAGCAAGCGUACCCCGAAGUCAGGCCCGGAUCGCUUCAGCCGAAACAGAGAAACCUUUCAGGAAAACUUGUACUGAAUCACCCCUGAAUCCCAACCACUCUCCUUUAGUGUUGUCCCUCACCAAACAGACAAGCACACCACCACCCACCCCGGAGCAGGCCCCAUUGAAAGCCACAAUGAUCAUGGUGGAUGCGUCCCCGGAACCAUCGGAGCAGAGGUGGAGCGAAGAGGAAGACCAGCCCUGUACAUCGCUAGACCAGCCUGAGCAAGCGGACCAUCAGGAAAAGGCAGGGCACCCAUCAAAUCUUGAGGACGACGAUGGAUUCCUGGGUGAUGAAGAUGCUGACAAAAACAGCAUAGGUGAGUUAGAAGCGGACGAAGAAGAGCUAUUGGGGGUGCUGGCCCGGUGCAACCCAACAUUUAUCACAUACACACAGUGA